UCAAGCUUGGGAGUCUUUAUUCUGACUGUGGGGAUCGGGCCUCUCUGUCUGUGGCCCGGAGAGUUCCACCUCGUGGUUUUAAAUUCUCAUGUUGUGCUCUCAGAGGUUCUUUGCCCACUUAGUGCCUCUGCACCUUCUAGUUGAUGGUGGGAUAAUUAUCAUCAUUCUUAUUUCUUGUUUAUAAGAAAAAAAAUUAAGAAUGACACAGGUUUUCUGAAGAAAGCAGGUCUCUUCUCAAUAUGGCUUCACCAAACAUUUAUACAGACGUGAACUUCAAAACGCAACCUGUUUCCUCAGGCACUAUCUCAGACUCAUCUUCAGCUCCUCCAAAGAAGACCACCAUUCACAAAAGUAGUCCUGGCUUUCCCACACUGCUUCUUUCCUCAUUGAUAUUUUUCCUGCUGAUGGCAAUCUUAUCCUCUGUUGCUCUGAUCAUUUUGUUCCAAAUGUAUUCUGAUCUCCUUGAAGAAAAAAAUACUAUGAAACAACUGAAUCACACAAAAUUGAAUUGUAUGAAAGACCACGUAUCUAUGGAAGACAAAGUCUGGAACUGUUGCCCAAAGAAUUGGAAGCCAUUUAGUUCACAAUGCUACUUCAUUUCCACUGACACGGCAUCUUGGAGAGAGAGUGAGGAGAAGUGCUCCAGCAUGGGUGCUCAUCUGAUGGUGAUCCACAGCCAGGAAGAGCAGGAUUUCAUCACCAAGAUCCUGAAUCCUAAAGCUGCUUAUUAUAUUGGGCUUUCGGAUCCAGGUCACCGACAGUGGCGAUGGGUUGAUCAGACACCAUACAAUGAAAAUUCUACGUUCUGGCACCCAGGUGACCCCAACAGUGACAACGAACAAUGUGUUAUAAUAAAUCAUCCAUAUUCUAGUUGGGGCUGGAAUGACAUCCCUUGCACUGAUAUACAGAAGUCAGUUUGUCAGAUGAAGAAAAUAUACUUAUGAAUCAAGCAUUCUCCAUGACAUGGAUUGCAUUUUUAUCCAGCAUUACACAGACAUCUGGAAAGAUCUUCUUGUGGAAGAGAUGUCCAUAGAAAUUUAGGUAGGCAGCCAACAGUUAUCCAUAUGAUAAUACUGGUUCACAUAUAUACUAAUUUAUUCAUCCUUUACUCUUUAUAUAAUGAGAAUUUCCCAUAUACCAGAGACUCUACAGGAUCCCUUUGUGCAUAUGUGGAAGCACUCCAGCUUCUCUGUCCAUCCUUAGAUUCAUAAAGUCUCAUUUGAUGAUAGAAUUGUAUGGUGUGGUCCCUCUAGCCAUUUUCCCUGUCUCUUUGUUCCUCUGUCUUUGGAUUUAUUGAUGUAUA